CUUCAGUUUCAGUUUUAUAACUUCCACUUCCUUUACUCUCUUUACUAUUAGCAUUUGUUUUUCCUUCUAUGUAAAAUUGUGGCACCCAGGUUUUAUGGUCUCUACUGGUAACCGGAAACCUGAGAGCCUCCUUAGCUCAUCCCCUGCUCUCGGUUUCCCUCGCCUCCGCUUCUUCCGUUACCGCCGUUUGCGGUAACCGGUCUCCGCUCACCAAAAAGAAAAAAAGAGGAAAAGAAGCAAUACUAUUUUAGUUACUAAUAUACACUAUGCCUACAACACCAAAGAUUAGUAACCGUAGAGGACAGGAACCGGAGAAGAGUAGUCGUAAAAACAGGUUAAAAGAAAAGGCGUCGUCAUUUCAUGGAAGAAUACCUGUUGAAGCGCCGGAAGCGAGGAUCCGGCGGCCAAAUACGCUACCGGACUUGCUCGGAGGACGGAGCUUGUCUGCUGGAGGAGCUUCCAUGGAAGCGAGACCGAAGUUAACGAAGCUGCUACUUAACGUGACGGUUCAAGGAAGUGUUGGCGCCGUACAGGUUUUGAUGUCGCCGGAAUCUACCGUCAGCGAUUUGAUUGCGGCUACCAUCCGGCAGUACACGAAGGAAUGUCGCCGUCCGAUACUUGCGGUUGAUCCUGCAAAAUUUGAUCUUCAUUACUCGCAGUUCAGCUUAGAAAGUUUGGACAGAGAGGAGAACUUAAUGGCGCUAGGAUCGAGGAACUUUUUCCUUUGCGCAAAAACAGCGGCGGUGGACGGCGCAAGUUGCUCGACUGGAACGACAUCGUCGCAGUCAUCUUGUUCAAAUGAAGUUGAGAAGGCCGUUAAGAGUGCAGGUUCUCCUUGGUUAAAAUUUAUGGAUUUCUUGCUGUAAUUCACUAGCAGCAAGAACAUGCUUUGUAGAAAGAUAAAAAAGGUCUCGAGUAUUAUUAAUGUCUUGGUUAAUUAAAGCCAAAGAUUGUGGAUGCAGAAUUAGAAUUUGUAAUAUUUUGUUGUAAUCUUAGGUUAUUUAAAUUCAGUGGAGAAGAUUUGUUUGCAUAUCUCUCCUUGUUUUUGAAUUCCUUCAAUCAAAUAUAUAAAAUUGCUGGAAAUUUGUACAGCUUUGGUUA